AUGGGUGCUGGAUUGGGGGCACCCAGACACCUGGGGGAGGGAGCGGGACUGCCUGGGCGCCUGGGGCCCCGGACGCCUGGGCCCGCGGGUGACAGGGCACCACAGUUCUUUCGGGUGCUGAACGGGGACAAGAUGGAGCACAAGAUGACGGGGACGCCGCUGCAGAACAACCUGGAGGAGCUCUUCCACCUGCUCAACUUCCUCACGCCCGAGCGCUUCAACAACCUGGAGGGCUUCCUGGAGGAGUUUGCUGACAUCUCCAAGGAGGACCAGAUCAAGAAGCUCCACGACCUGCUGGGCCCCCACAUGCUGCGGCGCCUCAAGGCCGACGUCUUCAAGAACAUGCCGGCCAAGACCGAGCUCAUCGUGCGCGUGGAGCUCAGCCCCAUGCAGAAGAAGUACUACAAAUACAUCCUGACGCGCAACUUUGAGGCGGGAGGGCCGGGGGGACAUGGGAAGCUGGGGGGGGACAUGACGAAGAUGCUGGACCUGCUCGAGGACUUCCUCGACUACGAGGGCUACAAGUACGAGCGCAUCGACGGCGGCAUCACCGGUGCUCUGCGCCAGGAGGCCAUCGACCGCUUCAACGGGGAGAACAAGGAGGAGGACAGCAGUGUGAUCCACUACGACAACGAGGCCAUCGCCCGGCUCCUCGACCGCAACCAGGACGCCACCGACGACGCCGACGUGCAGAACAUGAACGAGUACCUCAGCUCCUUCAAGGUGGCCCAGUACGUCGUGCGCGAGGAGGACAAGAUCGAGGAGAUCGAGCGGGAGAUCAUCAAGCAGGAGGAGAACGUCGACCCCGACUACUGGGAGAAGCUGCUGCGGCACCACUACGAGCAGCAGCAGGAGGACCUGGCCCGCAACCUGGGCAAGGGCAAGCGGGUGCGCAAGCAGGUCAACUACAACGACGCCGCCCAGGAGGACCAAGACAACCAGUCUGAGUACUCGGUGGGCUCCGAGGAGGAGGACGAGGACUUCGAUGAGCGGCCAGAGGGCCGGCGCCAGGGGACGGGGCCCCCCCCAGACAGGGACGACGGUGACACCAAGGACGAGAAGGAGCCCAAGGGCCCUGAGAAGAUGGAGACCGAGAGCGUCUCAGCGGCGUCUGCUCGGAGCGGUUCUGGGGCGCCCAGCGUGCCUGCGGUGUCUAAGGCGUUGCUGUGUGGCGUUGCUUCCCCGAGUAUCUCCGGUGUGUCCAGAGUGUACGCGAGCGUCUGCGGCGUGUCCCCCGAGUAUCUCCGGCACAACAGGGACGCUGGGGACACCAGGGACACCCGUGACAAUGGGGACACCACUGACACCAGGGACAAUGGGAACAGGGACACCUGUGACUCUGGGGACACAACCGACACCAGGCACAACAGGGACGCUGGGGACGACUGGGACAACAGGGACACCCGUGACACUGGGGACACAACCGACACCAGGCACAACAGGGACGCUGGGGACGACUGGGACAACAGGGACACCCGUGACACUGGGGACACAACCGACACCAGGCACAACAGGGACGCUGGGGACGACUGGGACAACAGGGACACCCGUGACACUGGGGACACAACCGACACCAGGCACAACAGGGACGCUGGGGAUGACCGGGACACCAGGGACACCCCUGACACUGGGGAUGAUGGGAACAGGGACACCUGUGACACUGGGGACACAACCGACACCAGGCACAACAGGGACACUGGGGAUGACCGGGACAACAGGGACACCCAUGACACUGGGGACACCACUGACGACGGGGACAAUGGGAACAACAGGGACGCCCGUGACAAUGGGGACACAACUCACAACAGGGACACCGGGGACUCAACUGACAAUGGGGGACACAAGCAACACUGA